UCUCUUUGAGAAGCAAAAUCCUCUGUGAUUUACAUCCUAAUAAUUCUCUCCCUUUCAACUCAAGCACACAGACACAGAGGGGGAUCGAGAGGAGAAGAGGGUUCUGUGAUUUCAUGUCAUCGCCGGCAGCCUCGUAUUGGUGCUACAGGUGCAGCCGUUUCGUUCGAGCAUGGAGGCAGCUAGGGGCGGAGGACAGAAUCACCUGUCCAUAUUGCGAGACCGGAUUCGUCGAAGAGCUUGAGAUCCAAGAAGAUAUGGGGAACCGGAGAUUUCCUCCACCGUCUUCUUCUGCGGCUGCCGCGGCUGCCACUGCUGCUAUGUUAAUGAUAGGUAACCUUCCGUCUACAGAUCAAACUAAUCCUCUUCGUAGAACCCGCAGGAACGCCGGUAACCGCUCCCCGAUUAACCCCGUUAUUGUGCUUCGCGGAGGAGGGGCAGGACAAUCCGACAGUGGUGAGAACGAGGGUAGUGGACGAGGAUUCGAGUUGUAUUAUGACGAUGGAAGUGGGUCUGGGUUGAGACCUUUGCCGCCCAGCAUGUCGGAAUUUUUACUGGGAUCUGGUUUUGAAAGGUUAUUGGAUCAGAUAUCGCAGAUUGAGAUUAAUGGGCUUGGUCGAUUCGAGCACCCGCCGGCAUCGAAAUCAGCGAUUGAGUCGAUGCCGACUGUAAUUAUAAGCGAGUGCCACACCUCUAUGGAGUCGCACUGUGCGGUUUGUAAAGAGCCCUUCGAAUUGGAAUCGGAGGCGCGAGAAAUGCCGUGUAAGCACAUAUAUCAUUCCGAUUGUAUACUUCCAUGGCUGUCACUUCGAAAUUCGUGCCCAGUUUGCCGCCACGAGUUGCCUGGGGACGAUGAAACUGGUAACGGACAGGUAAGAGGGGAAAAUAAUAGUGAGGAGGAGGCGGUGGGAUUGACAAUAUGGAGGUUGCCGGGAGGUGGGUAUGCAGUGGGGAGGCUUGCUGGAGCAAGGAGUGGGAUGAGAGAGCUGCCUGUGGUUUAUACAGAGAUGGACGGUGGGUUUAAUAAUGGGGGUUUGCCUAGAAGGAUAUCAUGGGGGGCAAGAGGAGGGAGCAGAGGGAGAGAGAACGGAGGUGGCGGUGGAGGAGGAGGACAUGGUGGUUGGCUUGAUUUGGGUCGGGCUUUAAGGCAUUGGUUUACUUGUUUUAGUGGUGGAGUUGCUGGAGAGGGCUCAAAUUCAGAUUCAAGAAUUAGGAGGGGAAGGAGCAGGUCUUUUUGGCUUUUUAAUAACACGGCUUCUUCAAGGAGGAGAACGAGAAGGUGAAAGCUGAAAACUUUGACUUUCAUGGUGGUUUUUAGUUAUUUGUAAAUAUGAAUAUAUGAUAAAGCUGAAGAUUAAACAAGAAAAUCCCUUUUUUGUUGAAUUUGGAAAUAAGGGCAAUUUGAAGAAAAUGAAUUAAGCGAGAAGCAGCAGAAGAAUGGCAUUUGGAGAGUUAUAGAGGCACGGGGAAAGCUCCCAGUCCUCUGUUAGUUUCAUGUUUUUUCUCUCUUUUUUUUUUCCCCCUUUUUGUUAAUUUAUUUAUGCAAAAUUUAUAGUUAAGAAGCAUCUUCUUUUCUUUUCUGCAA